AGCUAGCUAGGGGUUCACACACCGUUAAAUAGGAAAAGGGCUUUCCAAAAUCCAGGGGAUAGAAAUUAAACGAGCUUACGUUUAUUUCAGCUGCGCAUGUAUACACUGAAGUGAAAAAAGCGGUAUGCUAUUGUGAGAAAAAACUGGAAGAACGGGCUUCCGCUAGCCGCAGCAGCGCCAGUUAGCGUAAGAAGCUAUUUUUAAUAAGGCCGCCCCUUGUUUUGGCUUGUAUUUGAGUUAACUUUUCAAUUUUGCACCUACAACAUUUCGCGUUGAACGUCUUUGCUGGCUGAACGCACCCCUCGUUCAGAGCGCAAGCGGCGAGACUCAUUCGGGAUGUUUGAUGGCUACGACAGCUGCAGCGAGGAGUCCACCAGCAGCUCCAGCUCAGAAGACAGUGAGGAUGAGGUGGUGCCCGCAAUCCCUGCCAGCCUGCCCAUCAUCAAGAACAAUGGCCAAGUCUACACCUACCCUGAUGGAAAGGCUGGGAUGGCCACCUGUGAGAUGUGUGGGAUGGUCGGAGUACGAGAUGCUUUUUACUCGAAAACCAAGCGCUUCUGCAGCGUGUCCUGUUCCAGGAGUUAUUCCUCAAAUUCUAAAAAAGCUAGCAUCUUGGCAAGACUCCAGGGCAAGCCACCUACAAAAAAAGCAAAAGUCUUACAAAAACAGCCUCUCAUGGCAAAGUUGGCAGCUUACGCUCAGUACCAAGCAAGUCAACAAAACCAGGCCAAAUCAAAAGCUGUGGUCCCUCCAGAGAGCUUUGACUGGGGUCGGUAUAUCUUUAGCAAUAAUACGAUCGGAGCUCCAGUCAGCUGUUUCAAGCAUGCCCCUAUGGGCUUAUGCUGGGGAGACAUAGAAGAAGGAGUGAGGAUUGAAGUAACCAACUCUGAUACCAACCUCUCCACCAAGGUCUACUGGAUAGCAGAAAUCAUAAAGCUAGCAGGGUUCAAGGCUCUUCUGCGCUAUGAGGGCUUUGACAACGACACCAGUAAAGACUUCUGGUGUAAUCUCUGCAUCCCUGAGGUGCACCCAGUGGGUUGGUGCGCGUCUAGCGGCAAACCCCUUGUACCACCAAAAAGCAUACAGCAUAAGUACUCUAACUGGAAAGCCUUUCUUGUGAAGCGUCUCACUGGAGCUAAAACACUGCCACCUGACUUCAAUACCAAGGUACAUGAGAACCUGCAGUUCCCUUUUAAGAAGCUGAUGCGGGUAGAGGUGGUGGAUAAGAACUACCUGUGCCGGACACGGGUGGCGCUGGUGGAGCAGGUGAUCGGAGGACGCCUCAGGCUGGUGUACGAGGAGAGCCAGGACGGGUCAGAUGACUUCUGGUGCCACAUGUACAGCCCCCUCAUUCAUAAUAUCGGCUGGUCACGAAGCAUCGGUCACCGCUUCAAACGAUCAGAUUGUACAAAGAAAUCUGAGGGCCAAGUUGAUGCUCCUCCACAGCUCUUUCAGAAGGUGAAAGAUGUGGACCAGAGUGCAGAUUGGUUCAGAGAUGGGAUGAAGUUAGAAGCCAUUGAUCCCCUCAACCUCUCAGCUAUAUGUGUAGCCACUGUAAGAAAGGUGUUGGCAGAUGGGUACCUCAUGAUCGGGAUCGACGGCUCGGAGGCAGUGGAUGGAUCAGACUGGUUCUGCUACCACGGCACCUCUCCCUCCAUCUUCCCUGUCGGCUUCUGUGAAAUCAACAAAAUAGAACUCACACCCCCUAGAGGGUACACUAAACUGCCAUUUAAAUGGUUUGACUACCUCAGAGAAACCGGUUCAAUAGCGGCUCCUGUCAGGCUGUUCAGCAAGGAGAUUCCUAAUCAUGGUUUCCGGCAAGGCAUGAAGCUGGAAGCUGUUGAUCUGAUGGAGCCACGGCUGGUGUGUGUUGCCACGGUGACGAGGAUUGUGCACCGGCUACUGAGGAUCCACUUUGACGGCUGGGAGGACGAGUACGACCAGUGGGUGGACUGCGAAUCACCGGACCUCUACCCCGUGGGGUGGUGUCAGCUGACAGGCUACCAGCUUCAGCCCCCUGCUUCGCAGAGUAACAGAGAAAUGCCCCAGUCAGUGCCCAAGCAAAAGAAAAAGGCCCAACAGUACAAAGGCCAAAAGAAAAAGAGGAAGAUUCCGGUUGGUCGACGGCCCUUCAGUCAGGCAGGCAGGAGGAGGAGCAGCUUCUCAGGGGAUGAAGAGCAGAGCCCGCCCCCUUACCCUGCCCAGGGGCCGGCUCGGCCCCGGCCCCGAACCCACCUCCACCAAACCCACAAAUCAGAGUCUCUCCUGCGAAUGAAGGAGGAGACGGCCGAGGUGGAUGAGUUCACCUUCUCACAGGGCACUUCAGACCAGGAGAGCAACGGCUCAGGCAGCUACUACAUCAAACAGGAGCCUUGAGGUCCAACGGUGAGGAUGGAGCAGGAGGAACCUGGGAUAGGGCACACCUCUGGAAAACCACAGCAAGGAUAAGGAAUGUGGAGAGUCAAACUAGCCUCCGCUUACACUCAGACCAAUGCCAGUGGCUGCCUGUGGAGUCUGCACAGGAGACAGCGGUGAAGAGAAGGAGGGUUUCGCUUUCAUGCUCCAGACCUUGUAGCUGUGUGUGCACACAAACACUCACCUGUAUGACUGAGGGGUUGGAGCACCCAGAGUCGGGCCUGGGUCACAGAUGUUUGGGCAUUCUCUUUCUUACCACCUUUGGCUUUCUCUUCUCUCCUGUCUGAUCCAAGACCAGACAAGAGCAAUUUCAACAGACGGAAAACGAAACAACCCUUUUACCACCGAAAGGAAGGUCCUGGAACAUCAGCCCAUUCCUGCCUCUGCCAUAAUCUGGGCCGCACACAGAGACCUGUAGAAACUGUGAGAACCUUUUCUUGAGCCAGGUCUUUAGUUGUUGUUUUUUUUUUUUGUUUAGUUUUUUUUUUUUUUUUUUUUUGCUUUUUUUUUGCUUUGGUUUGUUUUCAGGUCAAAGAGUCAGCCACUGAACGGCAUGAGGAGAGAAGAGGGGCUGGCAGAAAGAGGAGCAGAGUUCUGUAUAUUUUGAUUAUUUUUUCUUCUGAACAAUUUUGCCAGGUGGACUUUUACUUUGUUAAUAGUACUUGAAGUUAUUCUUAUUUUUUUUUGUAAUGAUUUUGGGGUUGUUUUUGUCUUAAUGUGCUUAUUUACAUUUGCUUUACAUUUUUUGGUGGCUGUGCGAGAAUCGUAAUGUGCGUUGUUUCAUAAAGUGAUUAUAUUCAUAUAGUAUGUGAAGACCUAUUCAGAUAGAUCUACAGAGUAUAGCUAUUAAGAAUUGUGAUUCAAAGAGAGAUCUUAGUACAUGACAGUUCAGUGCUGCUUAGCAUUACUGGUAUUGUUUUUUGUUCUUCUUCUUUCAUUUGUUUAUUCCUAAAUUGGCCAGAAUAUUUCCACAGCUACAUUCAUUUCCGAUUCAGACAUUACAGAACCAAAAUCUCAUUUAAUCUCAGCAAUGUCGUUUCAUCGAACUCCCUCAAAGUAUUUUCAUCAUGGAUUCAUAUUUAAAUUCGGUUCGAUUCAUCGUUUAGAAAAUCAAAGAGGCGUUUUCAGUCCACCACCAGUGUUCAAUUUGCAUUUUCCUUUCAAGAAGCAGAGUCUGUCUUUGGCAUUUUAAAACUGCUCAUCCGUCGUCACGCUUGACUGUAGGUUUUCUUCUUAUUUAUUUCAAAUACUUAUUGUGUAAUUCCGACAUUGGAGCUGCCUAACCCCAUGAAAGGGCAGUUUGUUUCUCGAGGCAGCUGUUUAUUAUGUUUAUCUACAACCUCGUCUGUGUAGAGCAGACACCUUGUGCAGCUCUUUCAAAGUCCUCUUACCACAGAACUCCUCUCACAUUCCUUUGAGCUUUCACCAAUACUGUACAUCUUAACAUCGUGCAGCUAUAUGAGGUGGCUCUCUGCUUUCUUUCUUUUUUCUUUUUUUUUUUUUUGACGCAGUUGUAUGUGUAUAACCCAGAUAAGCUGUGGCCUUAACUGAACCUUUCCUACGCAAUCCAACUAUCAACCCUAAGCCCUCAGGUUGCUAUGGAUUACAUUAGCCAGAAUAAGCUUCAUCCAGAGAGCACAUAUCUAAUGAGAUAAUGUGGAGCUUUAGGGACCUAUCACAGUAACCUCAGAUGUCACAACACCAUUAAGAGUGGCUUAAUAGCUCCUGUAGGGCAAAUUGAACAGUGCUGACACGCCAAGGACAAGAAGCUUCCUGUGUAUCAAAGCAGAACAAUCAGACUCAUUAUUGUAAAUAUUUCAAGGUCUUCAAGGUGCUGUAAUGCUGAAAAGGAAUGAUGAUGCUCUGGAAAUGAAAACCUUUGCUAAUUUUUAAAAAGAAAAAAAAACGCAUUGUGUGACUAAGUGAGCAGCAGGGUAUGUUGCAAAACAGAGAAACCUUACUGGUAUGAUAGGGUGCACUAGGGUGAGCUGUUUCUCCCCCUGCCAGCCCUGCAGCAUGUUCUUUGAUCUUUACACUUUGCAUGUAGCUGUAAGGGCCAGGGAGCAACGUCAGUCAUAUCGAAAGCAGACAACACGGCCUACCAACGUUGGCCCCAUAUAUCAUUCAAACCACACCUCAUGUUCAGAUGUCAUGGAUGCAGAGCUUCCGUACUGUCAAGGGUCGCACUACAACAGUGGUUCAGAUAUAGGUGUGUCUGCUGUAUUUAUAUCCAGAGGAGGACAAAUACUUACACAUUUUAUUUAUGUCUCCAGUGUGCCACCAGAUUAAAUCUCAAUUUAUGCAGUUUUCAAUUAUCAUCAAAAAGCAGUUUUCAAAUGAUGCAUCAAAAACCUAUAUAAAAAAUAUACAUAUAAUUGUAACAUUAACAAAUAACUAAUUGGAAUAGUAUUGAGUUCUAUUUAAUUAGAAAGCUGACAUGUAGGUACAACAUGUCUUUAAAUGAAUGCCAUAAAAUAAAAAUUCAGUAUAAAAUCUUUUAAAGAUCAUUUUGCAAUUCUAAAAUGAAGCACUUAUACGUUCUGAUUCAUUAAUAUGAAUCAGAACAUAUGCAUAUAAUGGAAGAAAAUAAUCAAUUAUGAAUAUAUAUAUAUAUAUAUAUAUAUACAUAUAUACAUAUAUAUAUAUAGUUUUUGAUGCAUCAUUUAAAUCCAGUUAAUGCAUUUUUUGUUAAAUGUACUAAUAGAAUAUAAAUAACUAGUGUGCAGGUGGCACACUUAGGACUCCAUACGGUCAGCAUUUGUAGCAUCAAACUUUGGCUUCUGUCACGUUAAGAAAAGCAGGAGACUUGGUUAAAUGAUCUCAUAAUCAAGCAGUUCUGUUGUCCAGAAAAAACAAAAAAACAUUUUAUUUGGAUAAUAUGCAAAAAUGAAUCUUAUUUUUUGCUUAAGUUGUUCUUAUGUCAGAGCCAUAUGUAUGCAAGCUAAUUUAUAAUUCACCUGAGCCACUCAAUGACAGGUUUGCUGUUAAUGAAACAAAAAAUAUCAAUGCACUGCUUUUUCAAUAGUCUCUGAGGGCAGCAUUUAUAGAAGACGACAGGAUCUAAAAGAGGCAUAAAGACAUAUAUUCUAGAUAUAUUAACAUACGUGUGUAUAUAUAUAUAUACAUAUAUAUAUAUAUAUAUAGAAGACUAAUGGUAUAGAGUAAGCAAUCCUCAUUAGUCAGAAAUGGGUAAGACUCCAUGGACUCAGACUCCUCCUUUCAUUCUCCUUAGAGCUAGAUUUUUGCAGCUGUUUUCUACUACCUCCUGAUGCUAGCCACGUUUAGCUGACUAAGAGUGUGAAAUAGACUAUGGCAGUGUAUUAGCAUAUGCAAGUAAAUAUUGAAUAGUAGAAACAACGAUCCACUUGAAGACUAGACACCAAACAUGGAAGAAUUUUAUCACAGCACACGAGGUAGUCUUCUAAUUUGAAUGUUAUGCAAUAAUAAGAAUAGAUCCCACAUUAUUUUGCUAUAUUAAAUGAAAUGUAUAGCACCCGCCAAUGUCAUGAUCACUACAUUAAUAUAAUUAAUAUGAGAUAAUUUAACAAAAUAAUAUUGUAUAACUGUGAUUUUGUGAGCGAGGGUUCAUAUAGAGGAAUUACUGUAUGGCUAAAGGCUGUAACGAAAUGCAGAGCAGAUUUAAACCUCUCAGUGACGGUAAAAGAUCCAUAAUUUCUCUUUCUACCAGUAAGGUUCAUGAUUCAAAUCUCAGGAAGUUUGUGUUUCUGUUUGUUUUUUUGGUUAUAAAAGUUGCAAUUACAGGUCUGAAUCAGCUGGCUUUUAAAUGUGCAUUCAUUUUACGGGAGCAAAAGAGUGCUGCGAUAAUUACAAUUUAUAAUCAGUCAUUUUCACGUUUGUCAAAUUCACUCAAAGAUUUUCUUUUUCUUUUUUUUUUGAGCAAUUUAAGUGUAUAUUUGGAGAGUGUUUUUUAAUUUUCCAUUUGAAUUUGGCAUUUAAUAUAAGCAGUUUUGCCAUCCCUGGUAACACAGAUUCAUUGUACGUUUCUAAAUCUAAAAUCACAGAAAUCCAAAGACAUGGAUUUAAGUUUUUAUUGAUCAGCACUAAGCAUUCAGUAAAAUUUAUACAGGAAUUUAGUUGCUUAUAAAUUGUAAUUAUUGCGGCACUUCAGUGCUUCCAUACAUUCAAACAACAAAGGUCUUAUUUCACCUUUUAAUGUAUCUCUCCACUUUGUGUUGCUCUUUAAUCUGUCUUCAUGUCUAGUAUUCCAGGGCGAGUGAUGAUACAAAAUAACACACAGAUCGUGCUUUUUGUAGCUUCCAGUUUUCCUUUGAUUUGUUAACGGGGUGCGAGAUUGUUUUUUUUCCUACCAGUUUCCUUUUGAAUCGGUCUCUCGGAUAGAUUGGACAACAAGCUUGGCUGAAACAGUAAGCCUCUAAAUGAGCAAUAAAAUGUUAGUGUGUCACAAUCAUUUUGAAGCAGACAGGUUUCAUGUUAGGGUCUUUUAUAGGGGACUAUUUUCCUCCGCUGUUGGAGGAAAGGAAGACACAUUAAAUUCUUCUAAUUGCAUUAAUAUCUUAGUACAAAAUGAAAGACUGUUCUAUGGACUAACUGCUGCUACCAACCUUUUGAUUAACCCAAGAUAAUCAAAGGCACAAUCAACACUGUUUUGGAUAUUCAGUUUCUCACUUGUCCUUGUAGAUAUUAAAACUUUCUUCUUUCAUCUUGGUCCCCAAGCUCCAUGAGAUGGAAACAAUGAGUCAAAUGCAUGGAACACUUUGUGCUUAGCUUUUUUCGGUUUGUGUUUUCCCCUUUCUACUGUUAUCAGGAAUGUAUGGAAGACCAUUUAUGCCAGGAAAGAAGGAACAAUGCAUUACAUAUUAAACAAGAUCACAGUUAAAUUUUGAGAUGCGAAGUAAAUAAUUUGAAUUUGCCAAGGUAAAAUUGUAAUAAUGUUAAAUGUAAUUUACAGACUUAGAUAUCAGAGUUGUGGACAUAGACUAAUUAAAAUUUUUGGCUCAAAUCUUUGCAUAGUACAAAAACUAAUGUUGUAUACAAUUUCACCUUUGUUGACUUGAUACACUCACUUCAAAUAGGUUCAAUUUGUGGUGUGUGUAAUUUUAAAUUAAAUUUGUGCUCACUGGUUUUUAAUUUUGGUUUUCGUCUGAUGUAGUAACCUCACAGUUUUGACUGUCCUAUAUAAUAAUUUUUACUUGUAAGCCAAAAUUGAAAGAAAAAAAAAAGGACUGCAUUCAUUGGACUUACUUUAUAUAUACUCAGUUGAUUUGUUUAAUUCUUUUCUGGCACCGGUGGGUUUCCAUAGUUGACUCAUUUGUGGCUGCAGAGGUCUUCUUUCACCUGUAUUUGUGCAAGAUGUGUGUAGUGGUGAGAGGUGGGCUGGAGUUGUUUUUUUUUUUUUUUUUAAUAUUUCUCCUUGGAUACUAACACGGGUCUUUUGUCUCCCCCUUUCCCAUUAUAUGAAACCAUUAUAUUGUGGUGCUAUAUAUAUAUAUAUAUAUUUGAUAAAAAUGACUUAAUGUAUUGGGAUUACUAUUGUCUGAAAAUAAUUGUGAGAGGGUUAUGGUGCAAAAUUUAUUUUGGAUACAAAUGAAAAAAAAACUGUUAAUUAAUAAAUCCUAUUGAUAUAACGCUGACCCUUGAGGUACAUCAUUAGAUUACAGUUUAAAGUUUGUACAUCCUUUUGAUAGUGUAUAUCAGUUUCCUUUCAUAUGGUAAAUUUGUGCUGUGAUCAAGCUUUGAUAGACUUUGUAAAUAAAGCCAAAUGUUUGGAUCAUCA